AUGACAGGCAGCCGCGCCGGGCCCAAUAUCCUCAUAACAGGCACUCCUGGGACAGGGAAGACCACCACAGCGGAGCUUGUGGCCGGCGCCACCGGCCUGCGCCACCUGAACGUCGGCGCCCUGGUGAAGGAGCAGGAGCUGCAUUCGGGAUGGGACGAAGAGUUCGACUGCCAUGUCAUCGACGAGGACAAGGUGUGCGACGCACUGGAGGACAUCAUGACGGCGGGUGCCAACAUCGUGGAUCACCACGGAUGCGACUUCUUCCCGGAACGCUGGUUUGACCUCGUGGUUGUCCUGCAGGCCGACAACACCAUCCUUUGGGAGCGGCUAGAAAAACGGAAGUACGGGCUGAACAAGAUCCAGGAGAAUGUGCAGUGCGAGAUCAUGCAUGUCAUCGUGGAAGAGGCGCUGGAAUCAUACCGGCAGGACAUCGUUCAGGUGCUGCCCAGCAACACCGUGCCCGAGAUGGAGUCCAACGUCGACCGGAUCUGCGCCUGGGUGGCUGCCUGGAAGCAGGCCGCCCAGGCUGGCCCGGCAUGA